GCCGAAGACACUCAGCCACGCCGCACACGGACUGCCGUGCACGGUUGUGACCAGGGCGCGCAGCUGGACCCACGAACACACUUUAUUCCUGUUUUGUGGACGUAAAAGACUUGACGAAUGGUCUGGCCGUGACGUCACACGAUGCUGUGGAGCAUUCUUGCCAAAAGUGAAACAUGGUGACGGAGCGUCUGCCCUUCCGGGCCCAGCGGGACUUGGAUGAGGGUGUUGUACACGUGAACGUGGGCGGGCUGAGGCGGAGCGUCGGCCGCAGCUCGCUGAAAAACUUCCCGGACACAAGACUGGGAAAGCUUCUCGAAUGUGACUCGGAAGAGGACAUCUUGCAGGUGUGUGACGACUACGAUGGGCAGCAGAAGGAAUUUUACUUUGACAGGAAUCCUGGAUUGUUCCCGUACGUGCUCAACUUCUACCAGACGGGAAAACUUCACAUCAUGGAGGAGUUGUGCGUGUUCUCCUUCAGUCAGGAGUUGGAGUACUGGGGAAUCAGCGACUUCUUCCUGGACAGCUGCUGCAGCUUUCGUUACCACGACCGCAAGCUGGAAAGCAGUCGGCGUCGCAGCUGGGAUGACGACAGCGACGCCAGCAGCUUGGACACGCUGCCGGACGAGAUUUCAGACCUGAACAGGGACAUGGAGCACUUCCAGGAGGUGCGCUGCGGAAACGUCCGCAAGUGUCUGUGGCUCACUCUGGAGAACCCGGGAUACUCCAUUCCCAGCAAGCUCUUCAGCCUGCUCUCCAUCAGCGUGGUGCUCACCUCCAUUGCCACCAUGUGCAUCAACAGCAUUCCUGAAUACCAGAUGUUUGACUCUGAGGGGAAGCUGAUGGACGAUCCCACUAUGGAUGCACUGGAGGUGCUGUGCAUGUGCUGGUUCACUUUUGAGGUGGUAAUGCGCCUCCUGCUGGCACCAAACAGGAAGAGGUUCUUCCAGCAUCCUCUGAACAUCAUCGACAUGGCGUCCAUCGUUCCCGUCUACGUCACGCUGGUCUGUGACAUGGUGCUGGGCACCCCGUCGGAACUGGGAGACCUGGGACGCCUCAUCCAGGUCUUCAGGCUGAUGAGGAUCUUCAGGGUGCUGAAGCUGGCCCGACACUCCACGGGUCUGCGUUCUCUGGGGGCCACGCUCCGGCACAGUUACCGUGAAGUGGGCAUUCUGCUGCUCUACCUGGCCGUGGGAGUGUCCGUCUUCUCUGGAAUGGCCUACACCGCCGAGCAUGAGGAGGACGUGGGCCUGGACACCAUCCCGGCGUGCUGGUGGUGGGGGACGGUCACCAUGACUACGGUGGGCUACGGGGACGUGGUGCCCGUGACGGUGGCGGGCAAGCUGGCAGCCAGUGGCUGCAUUCUUGGUGGCACCCUGGUCGUGGCGCUGCCCAUCACUAUCAUUUUCAACAAGUUCUCGCACUUCUAUCGGCGCCAGAAGGCGCUGGAAGCUUCCGUACGAAACAGCAACAGCAGCAGCCGCCGCCGUAGGAAGACGGCGAGCUGCGGGGAUGACGAGGGCCAGGAGGGGCCGGCGUCCGACGAUGAUGCCGUACAAUACGAGGAUGACGGUGGCGGCAUCAUCAACUACAGCUACGUGGAGGUGGAGUCACGUCAGUUGUGAUGAUACGAUGCUUUUAUGAGACCUCAGCAUGAUGACGACCAAAGAAUAAAAAGAACA